CAGAUUAAUCGACUUCAAUACUGCGGCUGCGGUGCUCUGUGAGCCAAUUUUUUGGUUAAAAUUGGUCAUUUAUUAAUAGUAAUAUUUAUGUUAAGGUCCUUCUUACCAGAAAUUGCUGUGGAAGCUGUCUCCUCUGUCAUAAUAUCUAUCCAUUUUUGAAAAAUGGCUACUUUAGGAAAUGGACAAAUAUUGGAGAAUGGCUUGAAGUUGGGGAUUAUAAUACCUGAAGAUCCUGCUUUAAAGAAACUAAAGUUAGAUGAAGACCGAUGCUCUGGUCUCAGCAUUUCAUUUGCUCUUGUGAAUCACUUGCAGCACUGUGAUUAGCAAAAAGCGAUGGGUCGCCAAUCCCACAACUACCGGAACUUGAUCUUUUGUCCCUGGAAGCACAACUGGAGCAAUCUGGGCCGGUGCUUGCGGGACCGGGUGCCUUGAAAACUCCGAGUGGCAUCUUAGGUAUAGGUCUUACUAAACUCACAUCUGAGCAACAAGAAAUGGUAACCAAAGCGAAGAAGUAUGCUAUGGAACAAAGCAUUAAAAAUGUUUUAAUGAAACAGACUAUUGCUCAUCAACAGCAACAACAAAAGACUCUUCAACGACAUCAAGCUCUGGUCUUAAUGUGCCGUGUAUAUGUUGGCAGCAUCAGCUUUGAGCUAAAGGAAGAUACCAUACGACAAGCUUUCAUUCCUUUUGGACCUAUUAAGUCCAUUAAUAUGAGCUGGGAUCCAGUUACGCAGAAGCACAAAGGAUUUGCAUUUGUGGAAUAUGAACUUCCUGAAGCUGCGCAAUUGGCACUCGAUCAGAUGAAUGGAGUUAUGAUAGGUGGAAGGAAUAUUAAGGUUGGGCGUCCUAGUAAUAUGCCUCAAGCAGCACCUAUCAUUGAGCAAAUAAUGGAAGAAGCAAAAACAUAUAAUCGCAUUUAUGUUGCAUCUGUUCACCAAGACCUUACUGAACAGGAUAUUCAAAGUGUCUUUGAAGCAUUUGGUAAAAUUAAGAUGUGUAAAUUGCAAAGUGGUGGCAUUCCUGGCAAGCACAAGGGUUAUGGCUUUAUAGAAUAUGAAAAUUAUCAAUCAGCACAAGAUGCAAUAUCAUCAAUGAAUUUAUUUGACUUAGGUGGACAAUAUCUAAGAGUAGGAAGGGCAAUAACACCUCCAAAUGCACUACAGGCUCCAACCACAGCAAGUACUAUGCCUACUGCUGCUGCAGUUGCAGCAGCUGCUGCUACAGCUAAAAUUCAGGCUAUGGAUGCUGUAGCUAGCAACGCUAUUGCUUUGGGCUUGGGUGCAUCUGCUGCUGUUACCCCUGUCGUUACAGCUACUCCAACUGAAGCCACACUAAGUCCUGUUAUACCACCACCUGGUCUUGCCAUACCUGGAAUAGGUGCUCCUGGUUUAGUCACCCCUUCCAUUUUGCCUCAACCUGUGUUAGCUGCUAAUGCUCCUGGCAUUAUAACAGGGGUUACACCAGUACGUCCACCAAUUAUUAUUCCACCUCCUGGAAUUGUGACCCUUCCUAUCGUUGCUCCUCCGUCUUUAAGUGCUGUAGUUACCGCAGCAAAAUCGGAGCUUUCAAAUUCUCCUAGUUUGAAAGCUGUGAUACCGCCUCCUGUUAUGGCAGAAAUACUACCCCCAAUAACAUCUACUGCUAUGAUAUCUGGUGUUCCUGUGCCUCCCGUGUCAACUGCUGAAAUAGCAACUACAGAUGCACAAAAACAAAAGUUAGAAGAGCUUGAAAAGAAACUAGCUGAGGAACAAGAACCCCAAACAUUACAGCAACAGGAAAAUAUGAUGAUUAAAGGAACUAAUGCUAGACACAUAUUAAUGCAGAAACUUAUGAGGAGGAAUGAGUCUUCCGUUAUUGUUCUCAGAAAUAUGGUUGGGGUUGAAGAUUUAGAUGAUGAUCUAGAGUCUGAAGUUACAGAUGAAUGUGGCAGAUAUGGUGUCGUAAAUCGAGUAAUAAUUUAUCAAGAACGUCAAUCAGAAGAUGAUGAUGCUGAUAUAAUUGUAAAAAUUUUUGUGGAAUUUAACACCUCUACAGAAGCGUGUAAAGCAAGAGAUGCCUUAAAUGGACGAUUUUUCGGAGGACGAAUUGUAAAAGCUGAACUAUACGAUCAAACGUUGUAUGAGGCUAAUGAUUUAUCAGGCUGAUAGAAUGAAAACAAUUUAUCAUUUUAUGUUAUCAUUAUCAUUGUGAUGAAUUAUCAUCUUUCAUUCAUGCGUUGUAAAUAUGUCUGCAUGCCUUAUUUUGUUUUGUAAAGUUUCAUUAACUAUUUUUCAGAGAAAUCGCUCGCAUCCAACCACAGCUACCAAAAGGCUUCGCGUGCAAUAUAUUGGCAAGCAAUUCCACAACAUGAUUAAGAAGCCUGGUCCUGAAGAAUUGUUUUAUGUAUGAAGUAAAUUAAAUUUAUUCUAUGCAGAGUUACUGUAUCAGCCAAAAUGUAUAUAAUUAAAAUUUUGUUUUUAUCAUUGUAGGCUCAUUUAACCAAUUUAUCUAAAUUAUUACUUGAGUGCUUUUUCUAAUGCUGAAACCACAGCCAGGUUUCUUAUAUGCUAUGUUAAUUGCUUGCUUGCAUGCGAAAUCCUUUGUUAGUGGCUGUGGUUGGGUGUGAACUUGUGGUUUCAGCAGACUAGCACAUCAUCCUUGUAAUUUUAUAUGACCUUCCCUCUUCAUUGUAAUGAUGCUUACAUAAGAAUAUCAGAAUGCAUAAGAAUUUAUAGGUAAAAAUAUUAUCUGGAUGAUAAUUUUUAUAAAGCUUAAUCUAAUUUAAAAUCUUGAAUGCAAUAUUGUUUUCAUUUCUCACCUGCAUGUAACAAACUGUACAUUAAUUCAUAUCUUAAGGGUUUGCUUGAAGAAGAAUGUUUAAGUUAGAUGAAAUUAUCUUUUAUGCAUUAUCAGGUUACAUUUUAUUUAACUAUAAUUAUUUAUUGCUAUAGAAAAGUAAAAGUUAAAAUAUUUAUUUACAAAAAUAAUCACUAAAUGUUGUCAGGAAUUAGUGAUUACUACGUUUUAUUUUUGACUUAAAUGCAUUGAUUUUGUAGUAAACUUCCAUAUGUUUAUAAAUCAUAUUAAAUUUAUGUUGAUAAUCAGAUGAUACAGAAGAAAUAGUUUUGCUAGUGAAAGAAACUGAUGUCGGGAUUUUAUAUAUUAACGAAGAAAAAAAAAUUUCCUCAUUAAAAAAUUUGUGUUUAUUAUAUGAAUUACCAACAAUAAUUUUAUCCUAUUCUUUUAAUUAAGCUUUUAUAUUUUUCUGCACCAUAAUUUGUCUUCAAAUGUAAUCUUACUUGGAGGAACUAAAAUUACUCCUAAAAAUUUAAAUACCGUUUGAAUUAUUGUUGAUUAUUAUAACUUGAAACAUUGAAGUUUAUUCCAUCCCUAUUAGAUUCCAAAAUGUAUACAUAAAAAAUUUAAUAUUGUAUCUUAAAUGAUCUUAUAUUAAAUUAUUUUGUUGGUGCUAUUAAAUUUUUCUUUUAAGUUAACUUGCUUCAAUCUAGUGACGAAUGUAAUACUUUUUUUUCCAACUGAUAAUUAUUUUUGUGAUAAUUUAGUUUUAUUGUUACUUAUUACAUAACUUCUCAAUCCUUUGUUAUAAAUUAUUAAUAAUUGGUUAUUUGUUUUAUCUCCUUUUUUCUUGUUUUAAUUGUAUCAAAAAAUGUAAACAUAUUUGUACAAAAUAAAAUUUAAAUAUUAUUUGU